UCCACGCUAUAUAUAAUUCUAGAGAGAGAGAGUAGAGAGAGAAUGAAUGAGAACCCCGCUUUUCCUUCUUUCCCUCGCAAUUGACUCUGCCCUCAUUUGCCUCUCCAAUAUCUGCGAUCUCUCAUCUACUUCGUGCCCAAGCACAUUCUUCUUGAGCUCUUCCUGAGAACUUUUAGAGCUGGGAAGCUGACUGAUUAGAUAUUGAAGCUUUUCAGACAAAUUGGAAAAGAAGAAAUUCUCUCUCAUCAGGCACGUAAUAUCUAGCAUAUUCUCACUCCUGUCCUUACAACUGGAUGCAUGGAGAAAGUCUAAUGUUGCUUGACAUUUUGUGAGCACACAUAAACAUUUGCAAUUCAGACACCAGCUGUUUUUGAGAGGCCAAAUCAAUUUUUGCUUUUGAUUAUUGCUACCCCAUUUCUGACAGAAUGUCUCAAGUAAGCAUCAAAGACGAUGAAGUUGACAUUGUGAUUGGUGCACUCCACUCUGACCUAACAUCCUUCAUGGAUGAGUGGAGACCGGUAUUCUCCCGAUUCCACCUAAUAAUUGUCCAAGAUCCUGACCUCAAAGAGGAACUCAAAAUACCAGGAGGCUUUAACCUUGAUGUCUAUACCAAGUCUGACAUAGAACGAGUGGUGGGAACUUCUUUCACUGCCAGUCUCUUUUCUGGUUAUUCAUGCCGGUACUUUGGCUAUUUUAUGUCCAAGAAGAAAUAUAUUGUCUCAAUUGAUGACGACUGCAUCCCAGCCAGGGAAAAUAAUGGCAACUCAGUAGAUGUUGUGGCUCAGCAUAUCACCAACCUUACGACCCCAGCUACUCCUUUUUUCUUUAAUACACUUUAUGACCCUUUCCGGAAGGGGGCAGAUUUUGUACGUGGAUAUCCAUUUAGCAUGAGAAAUGGGGUGACGUGUGCUCUUUCAUGUGGACUCUGGCUAAAUUUAGCUGACUAUGAUGCACCAACACAAGCCCUCAAGCCGGAGCAGAGGAAUUCUCGGUAUGUUGAUGCUGUGCUGACCGUGCCUGCAGGCACCAUGAUGCCUGUGAGCGGGAUCAACAUAGCUUUUGAUCGCGAGGUGAUUGGGCCUGCCUUGUUGCCAGCAUUAAGGUUGGCAGGGGAAGGAAAGUUGAGGUGGGAAACAGUGGAAGAUAUAUGGUGUGGAAUGUGUGUUAAGGUGGUAUGUGAUCACAUGGGGAUUGGUGUGAAAAGUGGGCUGCCAUACGUGUGGAGAAAGGAAAGAGGUGAUGCCGUGGAGAGCUUGAAGAAAGAGUGGGAAGGGGUAAAGCUGAUGGAGGAAGUGGUCCCUUUCUUUCAAUCACUGAAGUUGUCGCAGACUGCAACUACAGCCGAGGAAUGUGUGGUUGAGAUAGCUGCAGCAGUGGAGGAGCGACUGGGACAAUUGGAUCCCGUGUUUGCUCGUGCUGCCAAAGCCAUGGUGGAGUGGGUCAAGCUCUGGAAGGUCGGAGCUAGAUCACCGGCCCCUGUUUCCUAAAAGACGGUUAUGUUACUUCUAUUAUGCUGCUCUUGACUCAACCAUUUAUACAUAUAUAGAGAAUCAAUGGCUUACCCUUCACAGCUUCUACUGCUACAAAUGGAAACAUCUUCAUCCUGAUGUAGCAACAUUUACGUCCAGGUCUUCUAGAGGAUUAGCACAUUAUGCAGCAAUGUUAGUUUGUGUCGCUUUUAUUAGGUGUUUUUGGUUCUAUUUGAAGCGCAUAUUGCCCUUGCUAUAAAGGACAAUCGAAGAACUAUAUAAACCUGUACUUGUUUUUAUUCCUGAAAACCUUAUAAAAACGAACAAUUCUGAUUCUUUUUACUGUAUUCGGAUGCCUCUUCAUUUUUAGACUUUGUACU